CGCAUCUAACGGACUGGGGGGCGGAGAAAACGGAAGGGAACCGGUAGGACACAGGCACGCAGGCAGCGGAUCACAUGUAAGAGUGUUAUGCAGGUGCUGCUGGUGUGAGAAUGGACUCCAUCUCCAUGGCGGCCGGCAGUGCCUCUUUCCUGCCCAACGGUGUGAAGAUGAUGGCGUCCAGAGAGUGCGGUCGCCUGGCGGCGGUGGUGGGCAUUGUGGGCUCGGGCGACUUCUCCAAGAGCCUUACGCUGCGUCUGCUGCGUAGCGGCUUCGGGGUGGUGGUGGGCAGCCGGCAGCCGAAGCGAGCCGCCGAGGCCUUCCCGCACGUGGUGGACGUGACGCACCACGAGGACGCCGUGGACAAGGCCAGCAUCAUCUUCCUGGCGAUACGCCGAGAGCAUUACGCCUCGCUCUGGGGUCUCAAGCAUCUGCUGGUGGGCAAGGUACUGGUGGACGUGAGCAACAACCGCCGCAGGAACCAGUACCCGGAGUCCAACGCCGAGUAUCUGGCCUCCCUCUUCCCGGAAUCCUUUGUGGUGAAGGGGUUCAACGUGAUCUCAGCAUGGGCCAUGCAGUCCACAGCGAAGGACACAUGCAAUCAGGUGUACAUCUGCAGCAACUCCCUGGUGGCCCGACAGCAGGUCCAGGAGCUGGCUCGGCAGAUGGGCUUUGCGCCCUUGGACAUGGGUGCGCUGUCAUCGGCGCGUGACAUUGAGAACAUGCCACUCCGGCUCUUCCCGGCGUGGCGGGGGCCCGUGCUGGCCGCAGUGGCCCUGUCCAUCUUCUUCUUCGCCUACUCGUUUGUGCGCGACAUCAUCCACCCGUAUGUCCAUGGCGGGCAGAGCCUCUUCUACAAGAUACCCGUGGAGGUGGUCAACCACACGGUGCCUGCUGUGGCCAUCACGCUGCUGGCACUGGUGUACCUGGCCGGGCAGCUGGCCGCGGUGCACCAGCUGGGCUACGGCACCAAGUACCGGCGCUUCCCGCCCUGGCUGGACGAGUGGCUGGGCUACCGCAAACAGCUGGGUCUGCUGAGCUUCUUCUUCGCCGGCGUGCACACACUGUACAGCCUGUGCCUGCCCUUGAGGAAGUCUGAGAGAUACCUGCUCAUGAAUAUGGCCUACCAGCAGGUCCAUGCCAACAUCGAGAGCUCAUGGAACGAGGAGGAGGUGUGGCGGGUGGAGAUGUACCUGUCGUUUGGCAUCAUGAGUCUGGGCCUCCUCUCUCUCCUGGCCGUCACCUCCAUCCCCUCUGUCAGCAGCGCCCUCAACUGGAGGGAGUUCAGCUUCAUCCAGUCCACUCUGGGUUAUAUUGCCCUCCUGAUUGCUACAUUUCAUGGCCUGCUGUUUGGUUGGCGACGGGCCUUCGAGGAGGAGGCCUACCGGUUCUACCUGCCGCCCAGUUUUGUUAUCGCCCUGGUCCUCCCCGUCAUGGUGAUCCUGGGCAAGAUCCUGCUGCUGCUGCCCUGCUUCAGCCGCAAGCUGCACCUCAUCCGUCGCGGCUGGCAGGCCAGCCAGGGCCGGAGGGACCCGCCGCGAUCGGCCAAUCACCUGUCCCCAGAGAGGGUCACCAUCAUGUGACGUCACCUCCAGUCCCGCCGCAAUCGGCCAAUCACCUGUCUCCAGAGCGGGUCACCAUCAUGUGAAGUCACCUCAGUCCCACCGCGAUCGGCCAGUCACCUGUCCCCAGAGCGGGUCACGAUCAUGUGACGUCACCUCCAUCCAAACAUCCCUGGAAACACACUGUGAUGCUGCUGACUGUCGCACAACCACUGCCACGUGACGUGACGUGAUGGGCUCCCUCACACCUUGUCUCAGUGUAGCACUCAUUCAUCACUGACAUGAUGACUGACACAGCAGUCUCCACAGCACUGACACAUUCCUGGCACCUCUCUACUCCUUAUCGACUAAGCCACUGCUUUGCCAUGGAUCACUGCAAGAUAAGUCUGAAGAUGUCUUGCCUGCGUCUGUCCAAACGGUGCACACAUGGCCACAUGCUUCACUGCCGUGUCUUUACCCUGAUAGCAACAUCAGGCUAGUCUCGCUGGCUGUUAAAAAAGUUUGUAAAAUCAAUUGUAAAAAAAAACAUAUUUUUUUCUGUAAUUUUGAACAUAUGCACUUUUUUUGACCCAGACCUUUCAUUGUGAUUCUUUGAGUGAGGGCCAAAUCUAGACGAAAUUACAGGCAGUCAGCCAUCACGUGGAACAUGCCAUUAUCAGGAAAAAACACUUUGUAAAUAGGAUCAUACAGCCACGUAUAGAAGCAGGAGAUUUAAGUCUACAGUCCUUUUCACACUGAGUCUGUAUUUUUCAUGCGAAAUUGUUGGACGAUUGAAGAGCGAAUACAACCUCAUUUUGUGUCAGUCAUGUUUGCACAACGACAAACGCUGACAAAUGUUUUUUUGCAUCUGUAUUGUGUAAAUGAAUGAGGUUUCCUACUGCAGCUUUCUGUAUUUCCCAGACCAAAAUCAAUGCUUGCAAUAUUACAGAUCUUAGUAUGCAAAGGCUUUACGUGUCACUAUCUGAUUGUGGUCGAGGAGAAACUAAGAUCUCUUGUUAGAAUUUCUUUUCUAAUGGGAAUCACAUGUGGUCAAAAAGUGGUUUAACUGACUCAUAACCAUUUUAGCUGCACAGAAAGCUGCUGUGAAGACGAUGAGCUGAAACGCUGAAACAUGUCACAGACGUGUCUGCAUGACAGUGCGUUUGCCACUGAUGUUUUUCUCAUCGCAGACAUCAGAGUUAUCAUUCAGAUUUGACUAUCAGAUUUAGUCAGUCAAUGUCUAUACCAUUCUAUGGAUAUGGAGGAGUCUUGGUUUGGUUGAUUUGUCUGCAGUUAUAACAAGGUGCACUAACUCUACACUAUUAAUGUGUCUGGACACAAGCCUCAUCCCUACCCUGCAGUGAGAACGCCAACAUUUGAAAGGGCGGAGUCCAUUUAGUGGAGUAGGAGUCUGCUUCAGGGCUUGCACUGUGUUUCUGUACAGUAUGUUCACUGUUGUUACUUGAAAUAUGUGCCAUAGCCAAAUAAAGCAAAAAAAAACAUG